AUGGAUAGCCGUGCCACGCCUGAUGCUACAGUUAGCAACAAUGCAACGGCGAACCCGGUAGCUUUGCCAAUUCCGCUGUCAAGUUUGUUGGGUGGCAUCGUUGCUGGCACUUCCUUCUUGCGGCUUUUACUGCCUGCAACCAUCGAUGAUGUAUUUUCACUGGUGCCGCAUCACACCAUUUUUAGUCCAGUUGCAUCGCUGCCACUGCCCUUCCUUUGGAACCUUCUGACAGCCCACUUGUUCGAAGCAGGUUUGCUGCGUGCAGUCCUCGUGGUGCCUGCAAUCGUCUACAUGGCAGAGCGUUUGGAGCGAUUAUGGUCUUGGCGGUCCAUGUGCCUCUACUUAGCCUUCUGUUGCAUUAGUUCUUCGAUUGUGCUACUUGCGUGGGAGGUUGUCGAGGUCUUUCGAACUGCCAAUGAGAAGGAUUUCUUUUCGGGAACUCGUGGGUGGCAUGCUCAGAGAGGAUUCCUGGAGCGUGAAGUUAGAAGACUGUACACUCAAUUUGAGCCAAGGGUGCAGUGGGCUGCUUGUGACGCUCUCUGUGGGGCUUCGGCACGUGCGAAACCUUGGUGGGACGAUGCAGGUUGCCGGUUGCUGUGCAGCAGUUGA